AUGCGCCCAACAACCCUUUUCUGCCGUCGGCAGCAUCUUAGAACGAACAUAUCAUGGUCUAGAAAUCGAAUAGUGCCGGAAGUCGCUUCAGUGGCGGCUGUCCGUUAUUGUUCGUGCCAUGCCAGGCCUUUAACUCCUAGACGACAGGAUUCUUCCGCAUCCCGACCCCAAAGCACUGAUGCGACGUCAAAUGCUCAACCUUCCACACCUGCCGCAGACCACCGUAUACUCGGUACCGCUCAAGAACUCUUCACAUCCUCUCCUUACAGCCCCGGGUCGCCCCUAUUUCUUCCAAACGGUACACAUAUCAUCAACAAGCUAAUUGGCUUUCUCCGCGCGCAAUACCGACAAUAUGGAUUUCGCGAAGUACUCACUCCAAACAUAUACAAAAAGUCGCUAUGGGAGAUAUCUGGGCACUGGCAGAAUUACAAGGAUGACAUGUAUGAAGUACGCGGUCGAGGAGCCACUGGUGAAACGGAAGGUGAACUGGGCGAGGAUGAACAAUAUGGACUGAAACCGAUGAAUUGUCCUGGGCACUGCCUACUUUUCAAAUCUCAGAACCACUCGUAUCGUGAUUUACCGGUACGCUACGCAGACUUCAGCCCUCUACACCGCAACGAGAUCUCGGGUUCCUUGAGCGGGCUCACUCGAGUGCGGCGCUUCCACCAGGAUGACGGUCACAUAUUUUGUCGCCCGCAACAAAUCGGGAAGGAAAUCGAUUUGGCAUUGACGUUUGUUAAUAUGGUCAUGAAGACGUUUGGACUGCCCAAAUACAACUUGUGCAGAGGAGCAAUUGCGACAGGCACUAGAUAA